UUUUGCUUUUCCUGCCCGGUAUCUGUCACGCGCUGUUUGGGCAUUUACUGGUGGAUAGCCGCGUGUGGUCCUGUGGGAGUCUAUGGAGAAUUGGUAGACUCAAUUGGGGACUUCGUUAUUGUCAGCAUGCCACCUCCGGGUGCUGAAGGUGACGUGUUAGAGCUUGGCUUCUGUGCAAGCGCCAGUCCUCACGCAGCCCAUGGAGAACCUUCUAAAUGUCAGCCUGCAAGGCCUCCCCAGCUGGUGCACGGGAGGCAUGUGAAUAGUGCUGCGUCAGCGAUAGACUUUGGAGAAGACAAUCGAAUGACUGAUGGGGUUACAGGGGCUCACGUCACAGUCAGUCCUUCACAAUCUCCAAGCCGAGAUUUGGCAGGGGAGGAAGUGGGACUUGGCAGUGGGAGGCAGGUGACAGCUGGCAGUCCUCAAGGUGAUGCCCUGGUUGAUUGUUCAGAGACACCAUCUGACCAUCCACCCACUCGAUUGGCAUCUCUCCAGCGCUGCGCCCGGCUUGUUUCAGAACUUGCUGUUGAUAAGUGGGAUGCGGGCCAGCAGCUUGAUGCUUUGGCACUCCAGCUUCUGUGUUUAGCCAUUUGGAGAGAAGCUCUAUCUGUCUGCCAUAAGUGGGCUGCUUCAACCAGUGAUGGAGAAAACUUUCCUUUCUUGUGUGAUGGGUGCUACUUCAGCGGGGGUAGUGCUGCCAUGAGCACAAGUCCUGCUAGCCACAACUCACGGUCAGUACAUCAGGGUGGUGGAGGCCAAAUGUGCAGUGGUGAUGACGAGUCUGUCGGAUCUGCAGUGGUCGCAGCAGCCUGUUCGGCAGUUGAGAAAGAUUUCCUUGCAGCAGUUGAAAAAGCCGAGGAAUUUGCGCAGCACCUUGAAGUCGAUGGUAAGUUCCUUAUGGCCAAAUUCCAAAUUGUGCACAACUAGAACUAGUGAUCACAGGUUAGGAGUUUUCUUCAAUGGUGAAGCGCAUUUACUGGAAUAUACGAAGGAAGAAGAAAUUCCCUGCAGAGUUGCCGUCGAGUACUGUUACUGAGCACGCUCAGCAGCUCUGUGUACAUGCCAGUGCUUAUGCCUGUAUAUGUUGGACUUCUGUGGGAUCCUCGUUGGGCUGCAUCCUCUAAUUACCUUGUAAGUUCAUAAACAUUACUCGAAUGAAAUGAAUACUACCGGUCGAGGCACAAAUCAAGUGGCACAGACUCC